AUGGGGAUUAUGUACCCAAGAAAUAGAGUACUUCAAAGGGAUGCCAUUGAAUUAGAAUCUCAGGCCGAGAGUAUCUUGGAGACACAGCUAGACAAGGCCUUCAAAGAUGGCACGUUACCAAUAACGAUGCAGAGAAUAGGCUCGAGGUACGGAGACGAUCUUAAACUUCUACUCAAAUUGAUACUAUUCAAAUUGUUUGUAUGGAACUCAUCCACCAGGUAUGGCUUGAUAUUGCAGAACCUAAAAAUUGCAAAUACAAGUGGAUCAAGACUAAAUACUUGGGGGAAGGCGGUUAUUUUCUUAGGUAUAGUAGGGUCUUAUUUAAAGGGGAAGUUGUCCAUGUUUGUUUACAGUGAUUUGUUUGAGUCCUGGGAGGCUACACAUCCAAAGCUGCAUGGGUUAGUUAGGAAACUAUCAAAGGUAGUCCCAUUUAUAGUAACUUUCCUCAACGUUUCGGAAUUAAUCAACACCGUUGUCUUUUUGAUGCGGGGCGACUACAUAAGGUUGUGGAACAGGAUAUUUGGAAUACGGUAUGAGCGGGCAAAUGCCAAUGCAGUUGCGUUUGCAUCGAAUCCAGAGACGCUAAGUUACGAGUUUCAGAAUCGUCAACUCUUGUGGAAUGGGAUUGCCGAGUUUUUGACCAAUUUAUCGACAAUACAGUUACCUGAAUUUGUUGAGAAUGCAUGGAAUCGGGCGAAAAAGGAAGAUUGCGAUCUAAGUGAGUUUCGGUCCUUGCCGGAGAGAUGUUGUGUCAUAUGUUACAGUGAGGACCAAAGGUCGGACAAGGUGGUUGACGACCAUCUAAUCACUAAUGCCUACAUCACGGAGUGUGGGCAUAUAUAUUGUUAUUUCUGUUUGGUGAAUGCAAUGAGGAGAAGAUGGAAUUGUUUAAGGUGUGGAAAGAGAGUGGAGAGGAUCGAUAUUUACAUGGAAGGUAUGGACGAGCUCAAGGGAGAUGUUGAGGAGUACUACGAGAGAGUCCGGAGCGGAUCAGAGACGGAAUACGAAGAAGAAGCUACCGAUGAUGAGGGGGAAGAAGCUACCGAUGAUGAGGGAGAAGAAGCUACCGAUGAGGAAAAAGGGAAUUGUUUGAAUACCAGUGACGGCAACACUAGUGACGGUGAAGAGCAAGAAGGCGAAUAA